AUGGCAUUGGUUCACGCCUCCAAAAGCAUUGUUUCUUAUCUUAGAGAAUUAAAACCACAUAAAGAUACGUCGCGUAUUGAAGUUAGGAUUAUCCGCUUGUGGAGAAACUAUAACAAAGAAUCAGGAAACACCAUUGAAAUUGUUUUUGUUGAUAAAAAAGGGACAAGAAUUCAUGCUUCAGUUGGUGAACAACUGAUCAAAAAGUAUGAAGACAAGCUACAUGAGGGAGAUGCGAUUGUCCUCCAGUUGUUUAAAGUGUAUGAUGCUAUUGGCGACUAUCGUGCACAACACAUCCGUACAAAAUUGGCUUCUUUCCAACAACUUUUGUUGCCAAAGCUGAUGAGUUUCCAAGUGAAGUCCCCGAAAAUUAUUUUGCGGACUACGAUGAUAUUCUUGGUGGAAAGCUUGAUAACAGCUGUUUAG